CAUUGCACUCAAAGGAAUUGUUUAGUUUGUUUAUUAUACAGCUUCAACCAAUUUCUUAGGAGUAUCGAGCAGUUUAAACCAUUUGGAGCUUUCUGAAUUAUAUUGAAGGUUUGUUAAAAUGGGUGUGGGAAUAGUGAAGUCUUUGGCUGGAUUUUUGGUACUUCUGAAUUUCUGCAUGUAUGUGACUGUUGCUGGCAUUGCUGGUUGGGCACUCAAUAAGGCCAUUGACCAUCAUUUUGUUACAGGACCCAAAAAUAGCAUACCAGUGGGCUUCUCAUUUUCACCAUUGCUUUUCCCCAUAGGGAAUGAAGCCACUGGUUUUAUGGUCAUCUUUUCUCUGAUAGCUGGAGUUGUAGGAGCAGCUUCAUGUCUUUCAGGGCUACAUCAUCUAAGAGUGUGGACAGCAGAGAGCUUGGCUUCAACUGCUUCAUCCGCCAUCACAGCUUGGGCUCUUACUCUUCUUGCCAUGGGGUUGGCAUGCAAGGAGAUCCAUUUACAUAGCAGAAGCCCAAAUCUGGUCGCUUUGGAAGCCUUCAUCAUCAUUCUAUCUGCAACAAAAUUGUUUUACAUGAUGGUCAUCCAUAUUGGAUUCUUUGCUGGAAAUUACUUUUUUAGUGGAGAGAAACAUGUUGCCACUACCACUGCUGAGCCUCUAAAGGAAAACACACUUCGAGCUUAGAAAAUGAUGUUCAAAGUGUAAUGAAUGUUUGAUCUGCGUGGCCUUUGUUGUUUUUAAAAGCUUCAAUGCCUUUGAUUCUAAGAUUGUGUAGAAGGGAGAGCUUGUAUGCCUUCUACUAUUUACGAGGCUGUUCUGAUUCAGGAAUUUUUUACUGAAAUUGUGAUAGUUCAUAUGUUCACAACAUUAAUUAAAGUUUUCAUAUUACAUUCAUAAUUAGAAAUUUACAUUAGUUAAGACUUUAUGAUUGUAUGUAAUUAAGAAGCAAUAGUAAAAUAUGUAUGGGCAAAAAAUAUGGUAAUGUCAUAAUUUGUGUGCAUUCGGUAUAA